AUGGCUAUCGAUUUGAUCAAGCGAAACAAAUGCCGCAAUUUCGUCAUCCUGGAGAAGAGUAGUAGUGUGGGUGGAACGUGGAAUGAUAACAAAUACCCUGGCUGUUGUUGCGAUGUCUGGAGCUCUCUGUACAGCUAUUCCUUCGAACAGAAUCCCGGAUGGUCACGAGAGUAUCCCGGACAGGAGGAGAUCCAUGCCUAUCUCAUCCGCGUCGCGCAGAAAUGGGGACUCUACAACCAUAUCCGAUUCAACUCAACGGUGGAAGAGGCGCUCUGGGAUGAUACCGAAUCAAAAUGGAAAGUCAGCGUGAAGGUAUCAGGAGCCAAGGAUAGCGAAUAUGGAGACUCUUACAUCAUAAACUCGGACUUCUUGAUCUCCGCCGUCGGACAGCUCAACUUGCCCCGUGAGCCGGAUAUUCCAGGACUGAAGGAUUUCCGAGGCAAAAUGAUGCAUUCGGCUCGAUGGGACUGGGGCUACGAUCUUGCAGGGAAACGAAUUGCAGUUAUUGGAAAUGGAGCGACGGCCGCCCAAAUCAUUCCAGAAAUCGCCCCAGAAGCAUCUCAUCUGACCGUCUUCCAGCGUACACCCAAUUGGCUCAUCCCCCGUCAAGAUGUCCCAGUUUCCACCCUGCAAAAGGCUCUACUCACCUACGUUCCACCCUUCCGCUGGCGCAAACGUGCACUACAAAUGGAGUUCCGCGAGUCCUUCCACGCCGCCAUCUUCGACGGUAACUCCGACUUUGCGCAGUUGGUCCGCGAUUGGUGCACGGGCAUGAUGCAGAGCCAACUACCGCAUAAGCCUGAGCUAUGGAAUACCCUGACUCCCGAAUAUUCUCCCGGAUGCAAGCGAGUCAUCAUUUGCGAUGAUUAUUAUCCCGCUCUCGGACGCGAUAACGUCGAUUUGGAAACAGGUGCUAUCACUCGUAAUACGGAGAAGGGAAUUGAAAUUGAAGGCAAAGGCGAACAGGAAUAUGACCUGAUCGUGUUGGCGACCGGGUUCAAGACGGUCGACUUUAUGUAUCCUAUCCAGGUCUAUGGUGCAAAUGGGCGGUCUCUGGGAGAUAUUUGGAAGAAUGGGGCUCAAGCCUACCUCGGUAUGACUAUUGAGGAUUUGCCUAACUUCGGCAUGUUUUAUGGACCCAAUACCAACCUGGGACACAACUCCAUCAUCCUCAUGAUCGAGGCCGAGUCCCGCUACCUCAAUGCCAUGGUCGGCGAAGUGAUCCGCGCUCGGCAGCAAGGCAAGACACUAACGUUCAAGCCAACACGGAGCGCCAUGAAGGAAUACAAUGAUAGAAUUCAGGCCCUCCUGAGGGCCAGCAGCUUUGCGGACCCCAACUGCAACAGUUGGUACAAGACGGAUGAUGGCCUUAUUACCAAUAACUGGUCUGGAACCGUUAUCAGCUAUCAGAACGAGCUAUCGAAGGUGGAAUGGCAGGAUUAUAUUGCCGAAGGUUCUGGGAGCAAUCUUGUGAAGAAAAAGCCUACACAGCUAGGGCGUGUUCGGGAGGAGACACUGAUCAGUGAUACUUCGCUUCUGGUUGGGACUAUUGGGGUUCUUGCUGUGGCCGGGGGCUAUUUUGCUCGAUCUAAGCUGGCUAAGGCGCGUUGA